UUCAGUAUAGAAUAUACAGAGAUCACAUCACAUUUAUGUUUUGAUGGUGUUGUCCAACCAAUCUCAUCUCAUUUCAUCAUCACCCCCAGGCCCCAAACCCCUCACCAUCGGUUGAGCACUAUGCAGAAAUUCACACCCAAUCCAUAAUCUUGAAUUAAGAACCAAAUCAAUACUGCUUCAACUUCAAAUUUCACUCGACAAUGAUGAUAACCUCCUCUUCAUCUUCGUCCAAUUCCGCAGUAGCAGCAGCACCGUCGCCAUUAAUCCCGACAAUCAUUCUACUCCUACUAUGUCUUCCUGGUCUCUUUUACUUAGCCCCACACAUCCUCCCUCCCCCGCCAACACCACCCAUCUCCUUCCCCGAGGAACUUGAAGAUCUUUCCCUUUUCCGGAGGGCCGCUGCCGUUGAAUCAAACGCAAACAACCCAUCUAGACCUAAAUCCCAUCUCGGAUCCACCAAUUCUAAACCCAAAAUCGCCUUCCUCUUCCUCACAAACUCCGACCUUCACUUCGCCCCUUUAUGGGAACAGUUCUUUAAUGGCAACAAAUCAAAUCGUCAUCUCUACUCUUUGUAUGUUCACGCCGACCCAACUGUGAAGACCAAAAUCAAAAGCCCUGGUGGGAUUUUUUCUGAAGAUCGAUUCAUUACUGCUAAGAAAACUCAUCGUGGAACCGCCACUCUCGUCUCCGCCGCUCGUCGUCUCCUUGCCACCGCACUACUCGACGAUCCUUCUAACGCGUUUUUCACGCUUAUCUCCCAGCAUUGCGUACCCCUUCACUCUUUCAACUUCUUUUACGAUACCCUUUUCGAAGUUAAAUCGCAUCAAAUAGCCGAAUUGCGACAUUUGAAGUACAAAAGCUUCAUCGAGAUAAUUUCCAAAGAUCCCAAUAUUUUGGACAGGUACAAUGCCAGAGGGAAAGGCGUGAUGGUUCCCGAAGUUCCAUUUAAUAAAUUUCGAAUGGGUUCACAGUUCUUUACGCUGACGCGUAGGCACGCACUGCUGGUGGUCAGUGAUCGGCGGCUAUGGAAGAAGUUCAAGCUGAAUUGUCUGAGGCCGCAAUCGUGUUACCCUGAAGAGCAUUAUUUUCCAACAUUGUUGUCCAUGGAGGAUCCAGAAGGGUGUACCGGAUAUACACUGACUCGUGUGAAUUGGACUGAUAGUGUUAAUGGACACCCACAUACAUAUUAUCCGCCGGAGGUGUCGCCUGAGCUCGUCUACAAGCUGCGACAGUCUAAUUUCACAAACUCUUACAUGUUUGCAAGAAAGUUCUCACCGGAUUGCUUGCAGCCAUUGAUGAACAUGGCCACGGAAGUCAUUUUCCGGGACUGAAUUCUUUUGAGUUUUCUGCCAUACACCCAAGUGCUACUGGAAACUGUAAAAAAAAAAUGGCUAGUUAAAGGGAUUCAUGCCUAAAUCUCAAAAGUUAAAAACCAGCACAAAUGCUCAAGCAAGAAGAAAAAGAAGAAGAAGAAGAGGUGUUGACAGAAGACAAUGAGCAAACAAAGAUGUGGGGUUUGGAGUGUGUAACAUAAGCUAAUCAUCCUCUGCUAGUACUAAUUACUUGGAGGUCGGUGUAGUCCUUGAGUGGAUUUUUUAUUUUAUUUUUUACUUUUACUUAACUUGUACUCAGUUUCUCCUAAGCUUUCUUACUUUUACCUUCCAUGUUUCUUAUGUAAUUCUAUUUCUUUGACAAAAUUUUGAAGUUAAGUUACCUAUUUGUUCAUUGUAUAUGUUGUAAAUAGUUUGAUUUGUUUA